GUGUGAUUUUUUUUCAUUUUCUUUUAAAAAUGAAUCAAUUUAAAAGUGAUUUAACCGAAAUGAAGUCAUUGAUAUCGGAAAUGAAUCGAAAACUUGGCGAAAAAUUCGAUGCUCAUCUGAGUCUAAUCGAGCAACAACGAAAUCGUUUGGAACGUCAAGAAGAUCAGCUUAGUCAUCAACGUGUAAUUAUUGACGAAUUAGCGUGGCAAAUAAGAGAUCUUCGAGACUCUGUGCGAAAGUGUAGCGAACAAAUUUCAAAUCAAAAGUGUAAAAAUUGUAAUGAUUAUGUGGGUAUUUAUCAUGCGAAACUGAAACACAUUCCGCAAACGAAUAAACAAUCGAAUCACGUAGCAGAAACAUCUGCAAUUUAUGAAUCGAUAAACUAUGAUGAGACCCCCACUGUUGUGAGUCGUUCCAAAUUAAAUCAGCGCAUCAAAACAAAUUCACUGCAAAGACAGGAUGCAAUCAAUGGCACCGUACAAAAUCGAGAUUGCAGACGUGAUGUAAGUUCAUUCUUGAAUAAUUUCAUUCCGCCACCGCCAUCAGAGACGCCACCGCCAUCAGAGACGCCACCACAACAAGAUGGCACCGACUAUGAUCUGAAUCCGGUACAAAUUAGUUCAGAAACGUUUGAACGACUAAAUAGUCUAUAUAAUUCGUACGACCUACGACAUUCGGUCAUUAAUGGCAGCGAUGAUACGGAAGAUGUGGUUCAUUUGCGAGAAUUCAAUAAUAAUCAUUCAGCGCGUUCAUACCGUGGUAGCAGCAAAGCAAUGUGCAGCUAUGUAUCGAAUGUUGAGGAUAGCUAUUUACCAUGUACAGACGACGAAGAUAAUGAAUCAUCACAUAAAUUUGUUGCAAAAUCCGCCAACAGUUUAAGUGACAACGGAGAUGUGCAAAGACCGGAUAAGAAGAGCUCCAAGGAAAAUGACAUAGUUUACAUCUGAUUAAAUUCGAAAAUCUCAAUUAGAUACCAUUUGGAACAACAACAUUAAUUAUUCAGUAAAUAACAGCAUGA